UUGUGGCACCGCGGGGGGCUUGUGGCACCGCGGGGAGUCGUCGAGCGGGCGCGCUGCGGGGCAGCCCCGCGUCCCCCGCGCAUCGUGGGUCCCAUCGACGAUGCUGUAGGUUCGGCCUGAGCUUCUGGAGAGCGGGGCUGUGAAGGGACAUCGGGGACCGAAGUUCUCCAGCUUUCCGUUUUUAACACCUCCACUUGCCUGACUGCCCGACGCCAGUGUCCUAAGAAGAAACAUGGCAGAGCUCUCGGAGUUAGAAGGACCAGUCGAUUGGAAGGAGCGAUGCGUAGCUCUGGAGUCCCAGCUCAUGAAGUUUCGAGUUCAGGCAAGCAAGAUCCGCGAGCUCUUAGCAGAGAAAAUGCAACAGUUGGAGAGACAAGUUAUCGAUGCCGAACGUCAAGCAGAAAAGGCUUUUCAACAGGUACAAGUUAUGGAAGAGAAACUAAAGGCAGCUAAUAUUCAAACCAGUGAGUCAGAGACUCGGCUGUAUAAGAAGUGUCAAGACCUGGAGUCUGUAAUGCAGGAGAAGGAUGACAUCAUUCAGAGCUUGGAGCUGCGGCUUGAAGAGCAGAAACAAAUGAGACUACAAGAAGCUAAAAUAAUAGAAGAAAAAGCUGCUAAGAUAAAAGAAUGGGUAACAGUUAAGCUAAAUGAGCUGGAAGUGGAGAAUCAGAAUCUUCGUUUCAUCAACCAAAACCAAACUGAAGAGAUAAGAGCAAUACAGUCACAAUUGCAAGAACUCCAAGGGAAGAAGAUCUCCUGUGUCUCCACACCAAAGCUCUCAGAGGGGCAGCGCCUGAGUGGUUUGACAUUUGGAUGCUUCUUGUCCCGAGCGAAGAGUCCUCCUCAUGAAGUCCGAAGCGAGGAAGUGAGCAAGAUGGCAUCUAAAGAACCCGAGUUCACCGAAGGAAAAAGGGGAGAAGAGAUGGAAAUUGCAGAGAAGCCUGCUGAUAACCAAAUCCAAGAAAAGAGAAACCAGAGAAAGUUGCACGAGACCCCUUGCAACUCAGAACAGAACCGCAAAACGAGAGCAAGCUUGGCAGCGGAUGGUGGUACGUCCCAGAAUUCCGGGGCUCCGGGGAGUGACUGGAGUUCUGACGAGGAAGACAGAAGCAAGGGCAGACCCAAGUCCAGGUGCAGGUCCACCCUUUCCAGCCACACGUCUGAGGAGGGCGGCCAGCGUGGCAGGAUGGGCAGCGAAGCGUAUCUCACGGCGUCUGAUGACAGCAGCUCUGUAUUCGAAGAAGAGACUUUUGGCAUUAGCAGGCCGGAGCACAAGAAGCGGUAUUCUUGGCAACAGAAGGCACCGUGGAAAACGCAGAAUAGCUUCUCCAGGGGGCACUCUCAGUCAGGCGUAAACGAGCAGGACAGCUCCUCUGAUGAACUGAAUAAGAAAUUUCAGUCCCAGAGCCUGGAUUACUCAUCCUCAUCAAGCGAGACCAACACCCCAAGCCCCAUUUUGACCCCAUCUUUAACCCCCAAACAUCCGAACUCACUCCCUGGAAAAGGAACACAGUUAGUGCCUUCGGCAUGCCUGCCCCCCCCCAAGCUAAGGAUCCCCCAUGUUUUCAGUAUAAGUAUGGCGCUCACCAAGAGGCACCUGAGCCAGCCCCAGUUAUGUCCCAACCGGAUGUUUGGCACCAACAGGAAUGCCAUAAGCAUGAUCCGACCGCUGAGACCUCAGGAAACGGAUCUUGAUGUAGUUGAUGGUGACAGCGCGGACGUUGUGGAGAGCAUGGACACAGGUUGCGAUGAUGGGCUAUUUUCCUAUGACUCCCUGGAUCCUCCUCCAUGUGCAGAUGACCAGGAAAUCAACGAGCCCACCAAGAAAGUGUCGUGCAGCAAACCUCCCACGCCUCCUCUGCAUCGCUUUCCCUCUUGGGAAAGCAGAAUAUACGCUGUAGCCAAAUCAGGCAUUCGAAUGUCUGAGGCCUUCAAUAUGGAGAAUACUAAUAAAAAUUCUGCAACCAUACUUUCCUGCUCUGCAUCAGGACUUUAUACAUCCCUGAUAUACAAGAAUAUGACGAUCCCAGUGUACACAACGCUGAAGGGGAAGGCAACACAAAUAAGUAGCAGUCCUUUCCUGGAUGAUUCCUCUGGCUCGGAGGAAGAGGACAGUUCCAGGUCCAGCUCCCGGACGUCGGAGUCAGAUACACACAGCCGCAGUGGGCCCAGCAGUCCCAGAGCCAUGAAGCGAGGCGUCUCUGUCUCUUCCGUGGCUUCUGAAAGUGACUAUGCCAUCCCACCUGAUGCCUAUUGUGCAGACACAGAGUGCUCUCAGCCUGAGCAGAAGCUCCCUAAAACCUGCUCCUCCUCCAGUGAAAGUGGGAAAAAUGAACCAUUAGAAAAAUCUGGCUAUCUACUAAAAAUGAGCGGGAAAGUCAAGACUUGGAAGCGGAGGUGGUUUGUCCUGAAAGGCGGUGAAUUACUUUACUACAAGUCUCCAAGUGAUGUAAUUCGGAAACCUCAGGGCCACAUUGAACUCAGCGCAUCCUGCAGUAUUGUUAAGGGAGAUAACAAGCAAACAGUCCAGCUGACCACCGAGAAGCACACGUACUAUCUGACUGCAGAUUCUCCCAACAUCUUGGAAGAAUGGAUUAAAGUGCUACAGAAUGUUCUGCGAGUGCAAGCUGCCAAUCCUCUCUGCCUGCAGCCUGAGGGCAAGCCAACAGCGAAGGGAUUGCUCACCAAGGUAAAACAUGGCUACUCUAAGAGAGUCUGGUGUACGCUUGUUGGGAAGACCUUGUAUUAUUUCCGCAGUCAAGAGGAUAAGUUUCCUCUAGGUCAGAUCAAACUCUGGGAGGCUAAGGUGGAGGAGGUGGACAGGUCCUGUGACUCAGAUGAAGAUUACGAAGCCAGUGGACGGUGUCUCUUGUCCACUCACUAUACCAUCGUUAUCCACCCCAAAGACCAAGGCCCAACAUACCUGCUGAUCGGAUCCAAGCAUGAAAAGGACACUUGGCUUUAUCAUCUCACUGUUGCAGCCGGAAGUAACAGUGUCAAUGUUGGAUCCGAAUUUGAACAGCUGGUUUGCAAACUGCUAAAUAUAGAGGGAGAGCCUUCCUCCCAGAUAUGGAGACAUCCCACACUGUGUCACAGCAAAGAAGGAAUCCUGUCUCCUCUGACCACACUGCCUUCGGAAGCUCUGCAGACAGAGGCCAUUAAGUUAUUUAAGACCUGCCAACUUUUUAUAAACGCUGCGGUCGACUCCCCUGCCAUCGACUACCAUAUCUCUCUAGCUCAGAGCGCUUUGCAGGUCUGCCUGACACACCCUGAGCUACAGAAUGAGAUUUGCUGUCAGCUUAUUAAACAGACACGACGAAGGCAGCCACAGAAUCAGCCAGGACCGUUGCAGGGCUGGCAGCUCUUGGCACUCUGUGUUGGGCUCUUCCUUCCCCACCACCCUUUCCUGUGGCUCCUCCAGCUCCAUCUGAAGAGGAAUGCAGAUUCCAGGACAGAAUUCGGGAAAUAUGCCAUUUACUGCCAGCGAUGUGUGGAAAGGACACAGCAAAAUGGAGACCGUGAGGCCAGACCCUCGAGGAUGGAAAUCCUUUCAACCCUUCUUCGGAACCCUUACCAUCACUCAUUGCCCUUCAGCAUACCCGUGCACUUCAUGAACGGGAUCUAUCAGGUAGUUGGGUUCGAUGCGUCCACCACAGUGGAAGAAUUCUUGAAUACCUUGAACCAGGACACUGGAAUGAGGAAGCCGACGCAGUCGGGAUUUGCACUGUUCACCGACGAUCCUUCUGGCAAGGAGCUUGAACACUGUCUUCAAGGAAAUAUCAAGAUCUGUGACAUUAUUUCUAAAUGGGAACAGGCAUCCAAAGAACAGCAGUCCGGGAAAUGUGAAGGCACAAGAACUGUCCGUCUGACUUACAAAAACAGACUGUACUUCUCAGUGCAAGCUCGUGGAGAGACUGAUAGAGAGAAGCUGCUUUUGCUGUACCAGACAAAUGAUCAGAUAAUAAAUGGCCUUUUUCCUCUGAACAAGGACCUGGCGUUAGAAAUGGCGGCGCUCUUAGCUCAGGUGGAGAUUGGGGAUUUUGAGAGACCUUUCUCCACUCCAGCCGGGCAUAACCAGUGCAAAGCAAGCCAAAACCUCAAACAAGUCAUAGAGAAAUUUUACCCUAAAAGGUACAGGGAAGGCUGCUCUGAGGAACAGUUACGGCAGCUUUACCAGCGACUCUCCACCAGAUGGAUGGCCCUCCGGGGACACAGUGCGGCCGACUGCGUGCGCAUCUAUUUAACAGUAGCCAGGAAGUGGCCAUUCUUUGGUGCCAAGUUGUUUUUAGCAAAACCCAUAGGACCAUCAUCAUCUGGCAAUACUUUUGUGUGGCUGGCUAUCCAUGAAAAUGGAUUAAGCAUCCUAGAAUACACCUCCAUGAGGUUAGUGGUCAGCUACGUGUACAAGAGCCUCAUGACAUUUGGAGGGUGUCAAGAUGACUUCAUGGUAGUCAUUAACACUCAUGCAAAAGACAGACCAACAGAGAAGUUACUUUUUGCCAUGGCAAAACCCAAGAUUCUUGAAAUCACCCUUCUGAUUGCCAGUUACAUCAACAACUUCUACCAGCAGAAGGCAGCCCUCCACCACCUCUCUGCCCCAGCACUGCUCUCAGCCAAGUCGCAGGGACCCCACGCCAGGGCCAUGGGAAGUCAGCCCCUCCUGUCCAGCAGCAGACCCACCAAAGGCCCCACCUUACUCUGAAAGCUCCUGAGUCUGAACCUUCACUCCUCAGUCAUGAAGUGGCUGCAUCAGCGACUAACAAGUGUCUUACGCACUGCCAGCCAGCCCGGCGCGCACCCCAGCCCCCCAGACGUUAGCAGUAACGCGUUACUCUCUUAACUGACCCCUAAAUAUUCAGAUAACAAUAAAGCGUAACGUGCCAGCAUA